AUGUCUCGCGGAGCCGUUUUCAUGAAUCCCCUUCAUGAGGGCUUCGGAUUCGAUCAUUCCCCCUUCUAUCAUCAUCACUUCAAACGCUUUCCCAGAUCGGCCUCGUGUCACAGUCGGUCGUUGUCGCCACAUAUGCGAAGGAGAAGUGUAGAUUCUCUGGAGAUUCCGUCAAGUUAUGUGCAUGUUCAGGAGAGCGUGGGGAAAGGUGAGAUAGGGUUUUACACGGAAGAGUUGGUCGGGGUGUGGCUUGGGGUAUUCGAUAAAAGCAGCGAUAAAAUUCGUGAUAAUGUCUAAAAUAAUCUUUGUUACAAAAGUUGAAAAAAGCAAGGCCAUAGCUUCAACGACAUUGUUAGGACAUAGUUUUAAAGACACUGUUGUCAUAACCAUUAUCUCUCUGUGGUCUAUAUUUUCUCUUGCAGGUUACUUUGGCAAUGUAUACAAAGGCGUUCUACGAGAUCCAAUGAAAGGCACAUAUAGCCCCGUGGCAAUAAAAUCCCUCAAAAGUAAGUCCUACACUGUCUUCUUUUUUGUUGAUUAUAUUUGCAUAUUAUAUGUACAUGACAAAUGCAUAUGACGUAUUUUACAAAAUUGCCAUUUUUAGGUGAGAUUCUCUACGAACGCGGUAAUGUCGAUGAUUUUUUGAAGGAAGGCCUUAUGAUGAAAAAUCUCGACCAUCCAAAUAUAAUGAAACUCCAGGGUAUUUGCUAUUCGUCAGAUGGAAUUCCGUCCUUAAUCAUGCCUUUCAUGAACUUUGGUGACCUCAGAUCGUACGUCUCGGAUCCUCAUAGGGUGAGAAGACGGCUCAAUUUGAUUUCGUAGUAUUUCAGAGUUAUAAAAUAACAUUUUCUUGCAUUUCAGACGGUCUGUUUAAUAGAAGUUGUGGACUUUUCGCAACAAAUCGCUGAAGGAAUGACAUAUCUCUCGUCCAUGGGUAUUGUUCAUCGAGAUUUGGCGGCUAGGAAUAUUAUGUAAGCAUUUUGACAACGAGCAAUAACUCAUUCUGCUCUUAUGCUGUUUGUAUAAAAUUUUAUUUAUUGUAUAAAAAAAAACUUUCAGGCUCACUGACUCCUACACAAUAAAAAUUGCUGAUUUUGGUUUGGCAGUCGAUUUAUCAAGAGAUUUUGGGCGAAGAGAUCACGAAAUGUCAUCGUCUCCACUAAGAUUGGCCCUAAAAUGGCUUCCAAUCGAAGUGCUGCGUAAUCGACGAUGUGUGCAUUCGAGUGUAGAUGUAUGGUCAUUUGGAGUGGUCAUGUGGGAACUCCUGACUCGAGCUUGUCCCCCAUACGAAGAACUCUCAAAUUCAGAUUUGGAAUGGUAUUUGCAAACGGGUAAACGGCUUCAUCAACCAGUUCACUGCCCCAAUGUUUUGUAAGUUGAUUCGAAGUCAAUGAACAUUUAAAAAUCACGUAUUUUAUCUUUACGUUUUCAGAUACGAUAUGAUGCUGGCCUGCUGGAGAUCGAAUCCCGUCUCGAGGCCUAGGUUUAUAUCGCUGGCAAAGCAGCUAGGAAAUCUAAUGAAUGUAAGUUGAUGUAACAAAGUGAUCACUAACAAAUCAUGUUAAAAUAUUGUUAUCUAUGCCUCGCUUUCACUGGUUUAACCUCUUCUCCGUUUCAGCACGAGAUAGAGCAUGCCCGCCGCUACGGCCGGCAAGGCCCCUACUUCCAGAACAUUCCCUGCGGCCAAAUGUACCUGGACAAUAUUCCGUUACGCUACAGCAGUUAA